AUGCCUUCGGAACAGGGACACCGACUCUACGUCAAGGGUCGCCACCUGAGCUACCAGCGCGGAAAGCGUAACACCAACCCCAACACCAGUCUGGUUCAGAUUGAGGGCGUUGAUGACUCCAAGGCCGCCAGCUUCUACCUUGGCAAGAAGGUCGCUUUCGUUUACCGGGCCAAGCGUGAGGUCCGCGGCUCCAACAUUCGGGUGAUCUGGGGCAAGGUCACCCGCCCUCACGGCAACUCCGGUGUUGUGCGCGCCAAGUUCCGCAACAACCUCCCCCCCAAGACCUUCGGUGCCACCGUCCGCAUCAUGCUCUACCCCUCCAACAUCUAA